AGCAAAUUAAGCUCACUCUAGUGAUCACUUGUCAACCCGGCCAGGAAGCGAGGAAGCAGCCAUGGUGCUUCGCAUGCAAAGCCUCAGCCCCCCUCGUCGUGUGUCGGUGGAUGGCCCAAUCAUCGUCGGCGCCGGUCCCUCCGGGCUCGCCGUGGCGGCCAGCCUCGGCGAGGAGGGCAUGCCAUUCCUCAUGCUGGAGCGCGAGGACUGCAUCGCCUCGCUCUGGCAGAAGCGCACCUACGACCGCGUCAAGCUCCACAUCCCCAAGCACUUCUGCGAGCUCCCUCGCAUGCCCUUCCCGGAGAGCUACCCGGAGUACCCCACCCGCCGCCAGUUCAUCGACUACCUCGAGAGCUACGCCGCCAGGUUCGACAUUAAGCCGGAGUUCAACACCACCGUGCUCUCCGCCCACUACGACAACACCUCCGGACUCUGGCACGCGCAAGCCACCCGCGCGGGCGGUGCCCAGAUGGAGUACAUCGGCCGCUGGCUCGUGGUCGCCACCGGCGAGAACGCCGUCAACGUCGUCCCGGACAUCCCGGGCCUCGGCGGCUUCUGCGGCGAGGUCACCCACGUCAGCCACUACAAGUCCGGCGAGCCCUACAGCGGGAAGCGCGUGCUCGUCGUCGGCUGCGGGAACUCCGGCAUGGAGGUCUCCCUCGACCUCUGCGACCACGGCGCCCACCCUUUCAUGGUGGUGCGCGACGCCAUGCACGUCAUUCCGCGCGAGGUGCUCGGCAAGUCCACUUUCGAGCUGGCCAUGCUGCUCAUGGCGUGGCUCCCGCUCUGGAUCGUGGACAAGAUCAUGAUCUUCCUCGCCUGGCUCGUCCUCGGCGACCUCGACAAGCUCGGCAUCCACCGCCCGGCUGUCGGCCCGCUCACGCUCAAGCACACGCAAGGCCGCGCCCCGGUGCUCGACACCGGCGCGCUCGCCAGGAUCAGGUGCGGCCAAAUCACCGUCGUCCCCGGCAUCACCCGCUUCACCAACUCCGACGCCGUGCUCUCCGAUGGCACCGCCGUCCAUGUCGACGCUGUCAUCCUGGCCACCGGCUACAGAAGCAAUGUGCCACAGUGGCUCCGGGCGACGGACUUCUUCGGCAAGGACGGCUACCCAAAGACGGAGUUCCCCAACGGCUGGAAGGGCCAGUUUGGACUCUACUCCGUCGGCUUCGCACGCCGCGGCAUCUCCGGUGCCUCCGCCGACGCCGUGCGCAUCGCCAAGGAUCUCUGCCAGCUCUGGAAGGAGGAGAGCAGGCCCGCAAAGAAGGCCGGCCGCCCGUGCUAUAGGAGGUCUAUCUCCGUCGUCUUGUAAUCUAUCUAAGCAAGCUUUCAAUCUGGAUUUUCCUCAUGUAACUUGGGUCCUGGAAUUGUGUGGAGAUGGGAUUUUUUUGGGGACCGGCUAUUGGUAAGUUGGCUGAAACAAAACUUGGGUCAGUGUGUAAGUCAUUUGCUUUUUUUUUUUUUUUCCUUAGCCUGUUUAAGUUGAUUUGCUCUCAGCUGACAAUACGUGCGUACAACGUUUGACGCAGGGCCUUGAUCCACACGCAUUGGGUUUAUCUGCUCGCAUGCACGUACGUGCCAUCCUGUUUUGUAUGGUUCAGCACGUGUUAUGUUUGUAAUCACAGUCACAGGUGUUUAGUUACUUUAUUACUCUAUCUGUCCCAUAAUAUAAGAGCGUUUUUGACACUAUACUAGUUAAAAAAUGGUCUUAUAUUAUGAAACAAAGAGAGUAUUACUUUAACGCCAUUGCCCAGUGUCUGUCUAUGCAUACGUGCGGACGCUGGAAGGUUAAAGAUAGUCUUUUCAAAUGUGUACGGGUUGGUAUUAGCCUUCUAAUACUUGUGAGUUCCUGUCUAAGCUAUGUACCUAUUACUCCCUCGGUCUCAAAAUAAGUAUCUUAAAAUUAAUACAACUUUAUAUUAGAGUUAGCAUAAAAUUGAGAUACUUAUUUUAAGAUGGGGGAAUAUUAGCUAAUAAUGCACGCGCACAAAUUCCGAAUCAUAUAUAACUAAGGCUCUGUUUGAUAGCAAAGUAUUUCCUAAUUAUUCUUAUAAUAUCAUGUUUUACGCAGACAUACAACAUUGGGUUUAGUGUCAUUGGUAUUACCCUUAAAACACAAAGAAAUUGAUACACAAACAUAAAUAAAAAAUAAAAUAAAAAUUCCAAGGAAGAAUUAUGACAUUAGUAUUUCCCUUCUAGAAGAAAGAAAAAAAAGACAAAAUUUACACACAACUUACAUACAAAUUGUGCUUUUUUAAAUAUGCAAGAAUAAGCCGAACAUAGUGGAAUUUUUAAAUAAUGAAGUUCCUUAAGAAGGAAAUGAUUUAGUGGUAUUGGUAUUACCCUUACAAAAAAGAAAAAGAAAAUCUAAAAAAACAUAAUAAUGAAGUUUUUGUAAGAAAUAUUGAAUUUGUGGCAUUGGUAUUACCCUUUCAUACGAAAAAACAAAAAAUGUUACUCCCUCCGUCUGG